AUGCAUCUUCUUCUCUACGCCUAUGUCUUCCUGUGCUGCUUCAGUGUGGCCCAUUCAUUCUGUCCUUCCCAGUGUACCUGUGUUUACCAUGGACGGAGUGAUGGAACGGGGACCAGAUCUGUGCUGUGUAAUGACCCAGACAUGUCCGACAUCCCCGUAAAUGUCCCUGUGGAUACGGUCAAACUGCGGGUAGAGAAGACAGGUGUGAGGCGCAUCCCCACCGAGGCCUUCUACUACCUGAACGACCUGCGCUACCUGUGGAUCACCUACAACUCUAUCUCCUCUGUGGACGCCGCCGCCUUCUACAACCUCAAGGUCCUCCACGAACUGCGGCUGGAUGGGAACCUGAUCUCCACCUUCCCCUGGGAGUCCCUAAAGGAGAUGCCUAGUCUGAGGACGCUGGAUCUUCACAACAACCGCUUGACCAGCGUUGCCAUGGAGGCUAUCCCGUACCUGGUCAACAUCACCUACCUGGAUAUCUCCAGCAACAAGUUGACCACCCUGUCUUCGGACCUCGUGGAUAUCUGGCCGCCGUUCAAUGGAAUGCACGUCUACUCCAGCCUGUCCCAGAAAGUGGUGCUCGGUCUUCAGGACAACCCGUGGAUCUGCGACUGCAGGAUCUCCAAGCUGAUCGAGCUCUCCAAAAUGUCUGACACAUCAGUGGUACUAAUGGAUCAGUUCCUGUCUUGCAGUGGGCCUGAGAACCUGGCCGGGGUUAUGUUCCAAAGGGCGGAGCUGGACCAAUGUCUCAAGCCGUCUGUCAUGAUGUCAGCCACCAAGAUUACGGCCUCGUUGGGCAGCAAUGUGCUUCUGCGCUGUGAUGCCACGGGUUACCCCACACCUACCCUAAUCUGGACCACUUCAGAUGGCUCACCUGUCAACAACACAGUUGUCCAGGAGUCUCCAGGAGAAGGUGUCCGAUGGUCCAUCAUCAGCCUAAAUGGGAUCUCGUACAAAGACGACGGGGAGUACAGCUGCAAGGCUAAGAACUUUGCCGGUAAUGCAGAGGCUGCCAUCAGCCUGUCUGUGGCAGGUUAUGUCGCUACAACCAUGCCCCCACAGAGGUCCAAUGGAGAGGCUGGAGGGAAUAGCCCAUCCACAACAUCCUCUACUCCGUCAACUGACUUCCCCAACUCCCCUAGCACCCUGAUUACCACCACCACCCCAGCCACGACCACACUGCCACCCGUUCCCACCAAGAAGAAACUCAUGCCCAGCAAUGUGCAGCAGAAAGCCCCACCCAAACCAUCCAAGAUCCAGCAAGGCAGCGACAGGAUGCUGGCGGCGGAUCAGAGCAAAAAGAAGGACGCUUCCAAGUCCGUCCAAGAUCUCGAGAUCGUGGAGGAAACGGCGGACAGCGCGGUUCUACUCUGGACGGCAGACGGUUUGACGAGCGAUGCCCCUCUCACCGUUGUGUACUCUACUUACGACGAUGAGGAUGACUCCAAAAGGACAAUGGAUACCGAUGCCGGGAGUGGCAAGGUCCUCCUCGAAGGCUUAACUUCUGGAAUGAGGUACCAGGUUUGUCUGGUUGCCAAGGGAAGUGCGGCAGGGAUAGACCCCUGCAUCAACUUCUUCACCCUGGACAUUGUUGAGGACGAUGCCGAGAACCAGCUGCUGAUGAUCAUCAGCGGCAUUGCCUGCGCCGUGGCUUUACCUGUCAUCGGUCUGCUGGUUUACAAGAUCCUCUCACUCUACUGCCAGAGCAGUGUGCCAGGUUUGGACGACGAGCUGUCUAAAGACACAUAUGUGAAGUUCGAAACACUGUCGAUGAAGCAGAGGACCUUGAACGCUAAUCCCAGUGAAUUGUGGGCCCACAGGCAGACCGAGGAGUCCCAAGAGAGGAUGCUCCUCUUCUCCAGGUCCAGCAUUGACUCACAAAUAACAUACAGGAGUGACAGUUCCAGGUCAGAAUUUCUGUGCUAG